AUGUUCAUAAAUCGCUGAUUGUUUUCAACUAACCAUAAAGACAUCGGCACCUUGUAUCUACUGUUCGGUGCCUGAGCAGGGAUAGUAGGCACUGGUUUGAGCCUACUGAUUCGCGCUGAACUAGGCCAGCCAGGCACACUUAUCGGGGAUGACCAGGUCUAUAAUGUGUUAGUAACAGCCCACGCCUUCGUGAUAAUCUUCUUUAUAGUUAUGCCUAUCAUGAUUGGCGGCUUCGGAAACUGACUAGUUCCCCUGAUAAUCGGGGCCCCUGAUAUAGCAUUCCCUCGUAUAAACAACAUAAGCUUCUGACUACUCCCCCCCUCAUUUCUACUAUUAAUAGCAUCCUCAAUAGUCGAGGCCGGUGCAGGUACAGGUUGAACAGUUUACCCCCCUCUAGCCGGAAACCUAGCACACGCAGGGGCUUCCGUCGACCUAACCAUCUUUUCCCUACAUUUAGCUGGUGUCUCUUCAAUCCUUGGGGCUAUCAACUUUAUCACAACUAUCAUCAAUAUAAAACCCCCUGCCAUAACCCAAUAUCAAACACCUCUUUUUGUGUGAUCUGUCCUGGUCACAGCGGUCUUGCUCCUUCUAUCCUUGCCCGUCUUAGCAGCUGGAAUCACUAUAUUGUUAACCGAUCGAAAUUUAAACACAACCUUCUUCGAUCCUGCAGGAGGGGGAGACCCUAUUCUAUACCAACACCUAUUUUGAUUCUUUGGCCAUCCUGAAGUCUAUAUCCUAAUCCUACCUGGCUUCGGAAUGAUCUCACACAUCGUAACUUACUACUCCGGAAAAAAAGAGCCUUUCGGAUAUAUGGGAAUAGUUUGAGCCAUGAUCUCUAUUGGAUUCCUAGGCUUUAUCGUAUGAGCUCACCACAUAUUUACAGUAGGCAUAGAUGUAGACACACGAGCAUACUUCACAUCUGCAACCAUAAUUAUCGCUAUUCCCACAGGAGUGAAAGUUUUCAGCUGAUUAGCUACACUUCACGGAGGCAACAUCAAAUGAUCCCCUGCCCUAAUAUGAGCCUUGGGUUUCAUCUUCCUAUUCACAGUAGGGGGUUUAACUGGUAUUGUCCUAGCCAACUCAUCCCUGGACAUCGUCCUCCAUGACACCUACUAUGUAGUAGCCCACUUUCACUAUGUGCUUUCAAUGGGGGCUGUGUUUGCUAUCAUAGGGGGAUUUGUCCACUGGUUCCCACUAUUCUCAGGAUAUACACUUAAUCCAACAUGGGCAAAAAUCCACUUCCUCAUUAUAUUCGUAGGUGUAAACCUAACAUUCUUCCCACAGCACUUCCUAGGUCUAUCCGGCAUGCCCCGGCGAUAUUCCGACUACCCAGAUGCCUACACGACAUGAAACACUAUCUCAUCAAUGGGCUCGUUUAUUUCACUAACCGCGGUUAUACUAAUGGUCUUCAUCAUCUGAGAAGCAUUCGCAUCCAAGCGAGAAGUAUCCACAGUAGACCUCACCUCUACUAACCUUGAGUGGUUAAACGGAUGCCCUCCACCAUACCACACAUUUGAAGAGCCAACAUAUAUUAACCCAAAAUGGUCAAGA